AUGCGUUUCCCCGUCGCCGCGCUCCUCGCGGCGCUCUUCGCGCUCGAGGCCGCCGCUGCGCCCAUCGCGUUCAUGGCCGGUGCCGGUGCCGCGGAGGGCGACCUUGUGGCCCGCCAGGCGAAGAAGGCCGCCGCCAAGCCCAAGGCCGCGCCCAAACCCGCCGCGCCGAAGCCCGCUGCGAAGAAGGCUGCGGCCCCCGCGAAAAAGGCCGCUGCUGCGCCCAAGAAGGACGCAAAGGCGCCGGCCGCUAAGAAGGCCGCUAAGGCCCCUGCUGCUAAGAAAGAUGCUAAGGCCCCCGCUGCUAAGAAGGAUGCUAAGGCCCCCGCCGCUAAGAAAGACGCUAAAGCCCCCGCCAAAGCCGCCAAGAAGGACGCGAAAGCGCCCGCUGCUAAGAAAGACGCCAAGGCCGCGAAGAAGGACGCCAAAGCUCCUGCUGCGAAGAAGGAUGCUAAGACCCCCGCUGCUAAGAAGGAUGCCAAAGCCCCCGCCAAAGCCGCCAAGAAGGACGCCAAAACCCCUGCUGCUAAGAAAGACGCCAAAGCGCCCGCCGUUAAGAAGAACGCGAAGGACGCCAAGGCCCCCGCUAAAGCCGCCAAGAAGGACGCCAAAGCCCCCGCCAAAGCCGCAAAGAAGGAUGCUAAGACCCCUGCUGCUAAGAAGGACGCCAAGGCCCCCGCCAAAGCCGCCAAGAAGGACGCUAAGGCUCCCGCCGCCAAGAAAGACGCCAAAGCUCCCGCCGCGAAGAAGAACGCCAAGGACGCCAAAGCUGCGCCCAAGGUCGCUGCUAAGAAGGGCGAUGCCAAGAAGGGUGCUGCCAAGGCCGCCAAGAAGGAUGCCAAAGCGCCCGCUGCUAAGAAAGACGCCAAGGCCGCCAAAGCCGCGAAGAAGGACGUGAAAGCGCCCGCUGCCAAGAAGGACGCAAAGGCCGCCAAAGCUGCCAAGAAAGACGCGAAGGCCCCCGCCGCAAAGAAAAACGCCAAGGACGCCAAAGCCUCGAAAGCCGUCAAAUCCGCUGCCCCCAAGGCCUCGAAGGCUGCCAAAGCCCCCAAGGCCGCGAAGUCCGCUGUCGCUAAGGACGCGAAGGCAGCCAAGGGCAAGGCCGCUAAGGAUGCGAAGGCAGUCAAGGGCAAGGCCGCUAAGGAUGCCAAAGCGGUAAAGGGCAAGGCUGCCAAGGACGCCAAAGCCGCCAAGGGCAAGGCCGCUAAGGAUGCCAAAGCCGCCAAGGGCAAGGCUGCUAAGGCUGCUAAGGGCGCGAAGGCGUCGAAGGCUGCCAAGUCCGCCGUCGCAAAGGCUACCAAGUCCGCCAAAGCUGCCAAGGCCGCCAAAUCCGCCGUCGCGAAGGACGCUAAGGCCGCAAAGGGCAAGGCGUCCAAGGCCGCCAAAGCCACCAAGUCCGCGAAAGCUGCGAAGGCUACCAAGUCGGCGAAAGCUGCGAAGGCGAGCAAGGCCGCUAAGGCUUCCAAGGCCGCGAAGUCGGCACGUGCGUCCACAGCUGUCAACACCGCUGCGCCCACUGACCCCGCCGCCGCCGCGUCUGCUGCUCCCCCGGCCAUCACCGAGCCCCCCGUCGACCCCAACGCCGCUGCUGCUGGUGCCGCUGCCGGCGCUGCUGUUCCCCCUGUUGACCCCGCUGCCGGUGCUCUCCCCCCUGUUGACCCCGCGACCGGUGCCGGUGCCGCCAUCGACAACGCUGCUGGCGCGAUCGGCGCUGGGAUCGGCGCUGGUGCUAUUGACCCCAUCGUCGGUGCUGGAGCUGGCGUCGACACUGGGCUCGGCGCUGGGAUCGGAGCCGGCGCUGUUGACCCCACGAUAGGAGCGGGUGCGGUUGUUGACCCCGUUGGUGGUGCCGGUGUUGUAGACACUGGCGCUGUCGCCGCGCCCCCCGUUGACACUGGCGCUGGUGUCGUGGACGCCGGCGCCGCUGCUGGAAUCGGAGCUGGUGCUGGAGCUGGUGUUGUCGACACUGGCGCUGCUGCGGCCGCUCCUCCCGCUGCCGUUGACACUGGCGCUGUCGCUGCUCCCCCCGCUGCUGCCCCCGUCGAUACUGCCCCGAUUGACAACGCACCCAUCGACACUGCUCCCAUUGACGUCGCUCCAGUUGACACUGCUCCCAUUGACGUCGCCCCCAUCGACACUGCCCCCAUUGACGUCGAACCCGUUGACGUCGAACCCGUUGACGUUACCCCAGUUGACGUCGCCCCAGUUGACACUGGCGCUGAUGUCGUUGCUCCUCCCCCCGCUCCCGCUGCCCCCGCCCCGGCCAAGAACACCAAGGCCGCGGCCCCCAAGGUGAACACCGGCGCUAACACCGGCGCCGCCGCUCCCGCGUUCCCCGACCCGACGUUCCCCGACCCCACUUUCAACGACCCCGCCUUCAACGACCCCGCGUUCAACGACCCGACCUUCGGCGUCGGAGCUGGCGCUGGCGUCGGCGCUGAUGUUGCGACUGGCACCGGCUCGACCGCAGCCAAGAUCGGCGGCGCGAUCGGCGGUGUUAUCAGCAACGCGGGCAAGGGCAUCAUCGACGGCAUCAUCAACGGCGGUGGUGUCGGGCUCGGCCUGAACGGCGCGGGCGUCAACACUGGCAACGCCAUCGGAAACGCGAUCGGCGGCAUCAUCGGCGGUGCUGGAGUUGGCUCCGGCGUCGGUGUCGGUUCUGGCAUCGUUGACCCCAACGCUGGACUCGGCGUUGGUGGUGGAUUCGAUAACACCGGCCUCGGCGCUGGUAUCGGCGCGGGCAUUGACAACACCGGCCUCGGUGCUGGUGUCGGCGCUGGAAUCGACAACAUCGGCGCUGGAGCUGGAGCUGGCACUGUCGGCACUGGUGCGAUCGCCGGUGGCGGAAACGUCGUUGACAUCAACAUCAACAACAACGCUGGUGCGGACGUUACCGUCGAUGGUGAUGCGACUGUCAUCAACAACGCCGGUGCUGGCGAGCCUGGCAUCGACGGAACUGUCGCUGGCGAGACUGGCAUCGACGGGACUGUCACUGGUGUUGAGGGCGAGCAGGUCGUUGAUGGCGAACAGAUCGUUGACGGAGAGCAGAUCGUUGAUGGCGAGCAAGUCGUUGACGGCGAGCAGGCUGGUGUCGAGGGCGAGGAGAUCACCCCCAUCGACAACGCUGCUGCUGCUGGCGACGCGACCGGCGUCGAAGGCGAAGCUGGCGUCGAAGGCGAGGCUGUUGUUGAGGGUGAAGCCGAGAUCACCGGCGAUGAGCAGAUCGUCGGGGGCGAAGCGCUCCCAGAGUCCAUCGAGGACGUCACCGCCAUCAACAACGCGUCCAACAACGCCAUCGCCAUCGGCGAACCCUCCCCCGUCGUUGAGGGCGAGCCUGCCCCGGUUGAGGGUGAGGAGCUGACCGAGAUCACCGGCGAUGAGCAGAUCGUCGACGAGGCUGGCGCUGUCGAGGGCGAGGUCGUCGAGGGCGAAGCGCUCCCCGAGUCCAUCGAGGACGUCAACGCCAUCAACAACGCGUCGAACAACGCCAUCGCCAUCGGCGAGCCGUCCCCCGUCGCUGAGGGCGAGCCUGCCCCCGUCGAGGGCGAGGAGCUCACCGAGGAGGUCGUUGAUGAGGCUGGCGCUGACGAGAUCGUCGACGAGUCUGAGAUCGUCGAUGAGGAAAUCGUCGAGCCCGAAGUCGUCGAGCCCGAGGUCGUCGCGCGCGCCUACUCGCGUUUCUUCCGCUUCUAA